AUGGACAGUGAUUCGUGUGCCUUCACAUGGCUGAAUAAGCACAGUGAUGCAAGAGCCACUGACCAAAGACAUUUUCUGCCUGCUUUCGUCUUCUCUACCUUUAUUCUCCCUCCUGUGAUUGAGGGUAAACGUCUGGACUUUGAGACCAGAAAGGCUUACACCUUUAAAGUGGAAGCUUCAAACGCAGUUCUUGAUCAUCGAUUCCUACAUUUGGGACCUUUUAAGGACACUGCCAUGGUGAAAGUCAAUGUUCUGGAUGUGGAGGAGCCUCCUGUCUUCAGCCGGCUGUAUUAUAGCAUGGAGACGUAUGAAGACACACCGGUGGGCAUCAUUGUUGGCGCUGUGAAUGCUGAAGACCUGGAUGUAAGCAACAGUCCUGUUAGAUAUUCUGUUGAAUGGAGGAAGGAUGCCGAAAACCACUUUACAAUCGACCCUGUUGAAGGAACUCUGUCUAUCAGUGAAGCCCUGGACCGUGAGAGUAAUGCUGAACACAACGUCACUGUUGUAGCAACAAAAGUUAACAAUCCCCAGCUGUCCAGCAAAGUUACGGUCACCAUCAAGGUGCUGGAUGUAAACGAGUUUCCUCCAGAACUUGCCUUUGUGUACGAGACGUUUGUUUGUGAAAAUGCGAAAGUAGGACAGGUGAUUCAGAUCAUCAGUGCCACAGACAGAGACGUGCCUGCUGUUGAGCACCGCUUCUACUUUAAAUCUUCACAGACCAGGAACAGAAACUUCACCAUCAGGGACUAUGGCAACAACACAGCUGGAGUGGUAACCAGACGAGGGGGUUUUCGACGACUGGAGCAGAGCAUGUACUUGGUGCCAGUGGUGGUGGAGGAUGGCGGGUAUCCCAUCAGAAGCAGCACUGGAACGGUGUCGGUGAGGGUGUGUUCCUGCGACACUGAUGGAUCCCUGCUAUCCUGCAAUGCGGAGGCCGUCUUCUUCCCCAUGGGACUCAGUACUGGAGCUCUGAUGGCCAUACUGCUGUGCAUUGUCAUUCUGCUGGAAAGAGAGAUUCCUUUAAACAGCAACCACUUGGGGGAGCUGAUGCAGAAAUAA